UAAAAGUGUGACCCAACACAAUCAAUGCAUUAGAUGAAUGCAGGGCAUAACGUCGAUCUAUUCUCAAAUGGAACUACAAAAAUUACAUACUAUGACAAGCUCAUCGCAUUACUAACUCAUCGCAUAAGAACCUCUUCCCAUCGAUAGUAGAGAAAUCAUGAGCAAAGUUCUAUCUCCCUUCUCACCAUGGAGUCGACAUAUAUCAAAGACGGUUCCUUUAUGCCGAUAUUUCAGUCAGAAAAUAUCGCCAAGAAAGGGGAUAUCAAGAAAGGGAAUUCCAAGACUGGUAGCAGUAGCCGAGGAAUAUACCACCACUGAAGCAUUUCGCACGCGAUCAUUUGAACUCGAGAAGCCUGUCGUCUUUGCUAAAGACCAGGGUUCACCGGCUGCCAAUCUACCUGCGUUGGAGAACUGGUUCAUGGACGAGGAAGAGCCAUAUCACACUGCCAACACAAAAACUCCACGGCAGCCUCUAUCACGCCACUUCCGGCGCUUUCGCAAUCCCAUGGUCACUUAUGAGAUAUACGCGCCGUCUCAGAAACAGAAGGACAGUCUCGUCAUGUUUCGGGAUUCUCUUGACCGAGAUGUCCAUGAUGAUGCCAUUGUGAGGAGUUGGGACAACUGUUUCAAUCAGGAGGCUGUGGUUGACGGUGUCGUCGACGAAACCGCCAACAACAUAGCCAACAGGGACUUCUAUCGAUUCACUGCACCUCUCCGCCUUUUCAAUAAGAUCUACCACUUCAACAAAGUCUUGCUGAGUAUGAAGCUCCCGAGAAUAUCACUCUAUAUUGCCCAGUGCCCGAUAGAGGAUCUCCCCAAGGACCUCCAAGAUGACCUUCCCACGCCAAAAAUCCUCAAAUUUGUUGGAAAGGGAGACAUAUAUGGCACCAGCAUAUGGCUCGGCCUAGUGCCGACAUACACACCUCUACACAGAGAUCCAAACCCCAACUUCUUCUGCCAGCUUUCCGGGGACAAGGUUCUCAGGCUCAUGCUACCAAAGGCGGGACAGGCAUUAUUCGGCGAAAUACAAGCCAAAAUGGCAAAGACAGACAAUGGUCGGUUACGAACGGAGGACAUGAUGCAGGGCGAGGAACGGGAAAAGCUGCAUGAUGCUGUUUGGGGCGAUAAUGAAGCACCAGCAGGGCUUUUUGAGGUUGUGCUGGAGCCUGGCGACUCUAUGUUCAUCCCUGCAGGCUAUUGGCAUUCUGUCAAGAGCGUGGGAUGGGAUGGAGAAGUAAACUGCUCAGCCAACUGGUGGUUCCGAUGAUGUAACCACAUAUAUAGCGGUGUCGUAAACUUCUUUGUACAUUAUCAAUGUUGGAAUAUGUAACAUUAACCUUUACGAGCAGGUCUACAGAUGACCCAAUUGAGAUAUCCGCACGGCCAGAGAUGCAUCUCACUACCGCUCUUGACCUCCCAUUUGCUCGUGUCUGCACCACAAGACCGCAACAAGGCCUCAACUUCUUCAGGCGUUCUUGUCCGCAGCGCUGAGAUAUACCCAUCAAACAUGAGAACGAACGGUAGAAUAGGGAUCAAGCACGAGAAGAUGAAUGUUGCAGGCGAUCGCCACUUGAGCGCGAAGAAUGGAGCACUAAAGAAUGCGCCAAUACCCAAGAACGUAACCGCCAACACGCUUGCAAAGGAACGAUCUUGUAGUUCGAAGAUGGCAAGUCCCUCGCUCGUCUCGACAGUAUCUCGCAGGAUAUCCUUGGCCAGGUCGUCGUCAAAGUGGUGAAAUGCCAGGUUGAACAGCCUGAAAGGCUUCGUUCCAUCUUCCCUCUUGACAAGAUACUCCGGAGCAGACGACGCAUCGACAGAGUUUCGUUCAUAGGUCAACAGCGGAUUCUUCUGGGCAACCUGUUCCCAGGCCUCGACAUUUGGGUGCAAGUCCGUAAGGAUAAAGCGAACAGGAUCCGAUCCCUGAGAGUGAAGGUGCGCGUUGACGGUGCGAGCUAUCGAGGGCGUGGGUCCACCACCGCCAGCACAGAAAUCGAUGUAAGUAUAAUCGGGCAGAGACUUGUUGAGCUGCUUGAUCAGGACUUGGGCGCUGAGACUCGCGGGAGAUUGGGACUGGAGAGGCGUGUUGGAGAGCCAGGCGCGCUACACUUGACGCUGGUAUCGCAAUUGCAUGUCGAUCUAGUAUCCUGAAGCAGCUUGUUCCAGGCUCGGGCGGUUGAAGCUCCAGAGUAGAGCUUGGUUGGAUAUUGGGGUUGACGAGGCUCUAGGUAGAGCUGGUGGAGCUUGGUGUCCAGUACGUACCAAGUCUGAUCGUCAAUCUCAAAGAGAUGGAACCGAGGAACGAGAGGAGCCAUUUUCUAUGAUGAAAGGCUCUGUCCUCUAUCCAAUUGAACGGUUCACUUGUUGUUAGUUAGGAGUAGAUGUAGGAGUUGUAUGUCUUUGGUCGGUAAGACGUGAAACUUGGUCGCCGUAAGUGUUACCUAUGUCACUCAAAAGAUGUCGUCACCACAGGGUAAGUUAUUUGCAAACAAAAAUAUUCACAGCAUGGAUAGGUUCAGGAACUCAAAAAGACUUCAAGAUAGCUCAA